AUGGCGCCAAAUACUAGAUUUGAUUCCAGUGCAGCUAGCCAAGAGGAAUUGGCUUUCAGGGGGGCUUUCUCAAAUGGACAGCAGAGAAAUUUGAGAAAUGUUGAUUCGGAUAAGUCUGCAAGCUUUCGUGAAGGUAAUGACAGUCGGAUGAUUAUUUCUGAUACUAUUAUGUUGCAGGGAAGUUCUACAUCUUCACGAGAUUCGGAUCCAAUAACCACAGGAGGUCCAAAGUAUACUAGUUUAAAUGUCUUAAAACGGGUUCUGGGGAUAUCUCCUGUAAACACCCUUGAAGAUUUUGCUUUUCGAACUGGUAAUCCUAAGCCUCGCAUUCCAGCGGAUCCGGAGGAACGGAAACGAUUCAAAGCAAGUGUACAGGAGGCUUCUGCCAGGGCUAGUAAUGGAUCAAAGAGGUUGGAUGAAUCUGUACACAAAUUGAACAAAUAUUGGGAGGCCGUAAACUCAAAGAAGCAAUUUCAGAACGAGAGGUUACUAAGUGAAAGGACGAGUGGGUCUCAUUUAUCUAACAUGGGAACUCAGACACAUCAGAGCACUACAGAGCUUGCAAAUCAAAAACCAGGGGAUAUACCUAAGAAAGUCAUUCUGAACACGCACAUUGGUACAUCAGCCGUUGAGAUACAGGCUGAAGGGCUAAACAAUAGGUUUGGCAGACAGUCUUUGACAAUUGGAAAGGAUAAAGACGACGUCAAGGAUGUUGGCAAGGUUUGUGAUGGUGUUCAAGAGAAGAUUCAAAGGCUACCUGUAAGUGGAGAAACAAGGGAUAGAAAAAUGAAAAGAAAACAUUCCAUGGGUACCGUCUCGGCUGGAUCCACUGACGGGGAAGGAGAGCCGAAAAGAGUUAUGUAUCUAAAGCAAGCUAGUGAGUCUGGUCUGCAUUCUUGUGAUGCCAUAGGUUUGAGAUUUGAUGAUCAUGGCAAAAAUUAUACCGGUGGUAUUUAUCCACAUACAAAAGGCAAAGCUUCAAGGGCACCUCAAACUGGUAACUUGAUAGUUGGAAACUCAUCUUCUGAAACACUUGACGCCCGGGAGCAACCUUUAAAUGUGAACCAGCCUCAUUCAUUGAUUGGGGCAAUCAAUCAUAAGCGUCCUUUUCCUGUAGAAUCGUCUAUGUCCCAUUUAGUCCAAUGGGCUGGGCAGAGGCCUCAAAAGAGUUCUCGCACUCGAAGAGCAAAUGGGGUAUCGCCGCCGGUCUUCAAUUGUGAUGAAAUGCCUAUGCCAUUUGAAGGCUGUUCCCCUUCUAGCAGUAAUAUAAUGACUUCUACUACAAAUAGUGGACCACUUACAUCCAAGGGUGCUAUCAACAACAUACAAUGCACUAGGAAUAAAAAGGAUGACAAUUCAUUCCAGACCAGAAUAUAUGAAAGAGUAGAAUCUGGCACCGGGGCAGAUGGUGAAAGUAAAUUAACGGAGAAAGUAUUGGACAGAAACAAAAGUGAUGGAAGAGCCAUAAAUGAUUCCUGUAAUAUAGGUUCCUACAUGGCAAUGACAAAAAAGGAAAUAAAGCUGAGCAAAGAAGAGACUGGAGAUCGUCUGCGUAGGCAGUGUAGUGGCAGCAAUGGCUUUUCAGUUUUGAAGAAUGGCAUCUCAUCAACUGAAGAGAAGUCUGAGAUUUUAACCUUGACAAAGCGAACUCAAAAUACGAAGCCUUCUUCUCUAAAGAAUGCAAGUAGAUCAAGGCGACCUCGUAUGAAGAAGUCACACAAUAGUAAAGCUAUUGCUCAUCCUGGGCAUCCGUCAACUAGUAGUUUCCCAGAUAUUGCGGGUAGGUCAGGUGAUGACUGUGAGGAACUAUUAUUAGCGGCCAACUUUGCUAGCAAUGCCAGCUAUACUGGCUGUUCUAGUUCAUUCUGGAAGAAAAUGGAACCUAAUUUUGCUCCUGUCAACUUGGAAGUCAUAGACCACUUGAAGCAGCAGGAUGGGGUUGUGCAUACGGAUAACCUUUUUUCGCUAUAUCCACUUGAAGGAGAAAGAGGGAGAAACAUUUUAAAUCAAUCUGAUUCAAAAGAGCUAUCUUCAAUGGUUGACAUGGUUGAUCAACCUCACGAUGGCAGCUUUCUGUCCAGUCAAAUGGAUUUAGAAUGCAAACUCCCACCAUUGUACCAAAGAGUAUUGACAGCUUUGAUCAUUGACGAUCAAACUGAAGAAACUGUUGGAGAUGAAAACACAUCUUUUCUGCAUGAAAGAGAUGACCCUUCUGUUGGAUUCUACACUGACACAGUUUCCAGUAAUGGGAAUGCUGCCUUUACAUGUGACGGAAUGUCUAUGGAGGAUAAACUCUUAAUGGAGCUACAGAUUGUCGGCAUAUACCCAGAACCAGUGCCCGAGCUUUCUGAUGGAGGUUGUGAAGCUAUUGACCAAGAAAUUACUCAAUUGCAGAAGGGAAGCUGUCAGCAGCUCAUGAAACAGAAAGAAGGAUGUAUGAAACUUAUUCAAGCAGUAGAAGAUGGCAGGGAAUUGGAACAGCGAGCCCUUGAGCAAGUUGCUAUGGAUAAACUUGUUGAGUUGGCUUAUAAGAAGAAGCUGGCCACUCGGGGAACUAUUGCAGCAAAGUAUGGAAUUUCUAAGGCCUCAAGGCCAGUUGCUUUGGCUUUCAUGAAGAGGACUCUUGCUAGAUGCCGGGCAUUUGAGGAAACCGGGAAAAGUUGCUUUCUGGAUCCCACGUUAAAAAAUGUCCUAUUUGCAACUCCAGCCCUUGACAACUAUACUGUUUCAACUGUUGCUGAUGACCAACCACUUGCUCAAAACUCUCGGCAAGAUUUAGCACCACCAGGUUCAUUUCCUUCCAGGGAGCAAAAUGUCUUGGGAAAUUCAAACAAUCCAUCCAACCUGGAUUUUGCCAGGACUGGACCAAUACUGAAUGGAGGGAAGAAAGGUAAAGUGCUACCUGAUGAUGUUGGUGCUAGCGCUUAUUUGGGAGGGAAGAAAGGAGAAGUGCCACUUGAUGAUGUUGUUGCUAGUGAUUCUUUGGGAGGGAAGAAAGGAAAAGUGCUACUUGACGAUGCUGGUGCUAGUGCUUUGGGAGGGGAGAAAGAAAAAGCGCUACUUGAUGAAGUUGGUGCUAGUGCCUCUCUGGGAGGGAAGAAAGGAGAAGUGCUACUUUACGGUGUUGGUGCUUCUUUGGGAGGGAAGAAAGAAGUGCCACUUGAUGGUGUUGGUGCUAGUGCUUCUUUGGGAGGAAAAAAUGGAGAAGUGCUACUUGACGGUGUUGGAGCUAGUGCUUCUUUGGGAGGGAAAAAUGGAGAAGUGCUACUUGACGGUGUUAGGGCUAGUGCUUCUUCGGGUGGGAAGCGAGGAGAAGUGCUUGAUGUUGGUGCUAGUGCUUCUUUGGGAGGGAAGAAAGGAGAAGUGCUACUUGACGGUGGUGGUGCUAGUGCUUCUUUGGGAGGCAAAAAAGGAGAAGUGCUACGUGACGGUGUUAGGGCUAGUGCUUCUUCGGGAGGGAAGAAAGGAGAAGUGCUACUUGACAGUGGUGGUGCUAGUGCUUCUUUGGGAGGUAAGAAAGGAGAAGUGCCACUUGUCGAUGUUGGUGUUGAUGCCAGUGCUUCUUUGGGAGGGAAGAAAGGAGAAGUGCUACUUGAGGUUGUUGGUGCUAGUGCAACUCUUGGCAAUUCGUUCAUGGGUGGAACAAUGAGAAAGAGGAGUAAAAGAGGGAAGAACCAGGACAGUUCUAUAAGAAAUUAUGUUAAAACAGGCGGUCGUUCUUCUGCAAGUAACACGAGGAGUGAGCGGAAAACAAAAGCGAAGGCCAAACUGAAGACAGACCGACUCUCUACUUCUGCAAAAGGAUCUCUUGGCAAGUUGGUGGAAAAUACUAACUCUAAGCAUCAAUUGGCUUGUGCCUCUGAUCGACUGGUUUCCAGUGGUAACGAUAAUGUUGGCUCUGUAUCUCAUGGUUAUAGUACUAACAAUUUUGCCAUUGAAACCGAGGAUCCCUUGGAUUUAACAAACAUGCUUGAACUAGACUCCAUAGAACUUAGUGCAGAUAAAGACCUGGAUUCUUGGCUUAACAUUGGUGAUAAUGCCUUAGAAGAUAAUGAUGAUGCGCCGGGCCUAGACAUACCAAUGGACGAUCUGUUCACGGUUCUUUGA